CUGGAAUCAUGAAGUUCAAGACGUAUUUCUCCAAAGAGGGUGGUUUGAAGCUCGGCGUGGUGUCUUGUGUGGACUGGUCAGGAGCUGAGGACAUCUACUCUUGCUCUGGAGAUCACAAUUUGCUGAAAUGGGCGGCAAACAGUCGCGAAAGUGUUCAAGUGGCAACAUUGCCUGAAGACUUUCAUCCCACGGAUCUGCAUUUGCUGGUACUAAAGUCAAGUGUCGGCGCAAAGGGCGGAGAUUCCCUGCUCAUCGCUAGCAAUGACGGGCGAUUUGUCAUCCUGAACAAGAGUGCGAGGCUGGAGAGGAGCAUUUCCGCCCACUCUGGUGCCAUCACGGCGGCCAGAUGGAGUCCGGACGGCGCGGGAUUGCUUACAGCUGGCGAAGAUGGUGUGGUGAAGAUCUGGUCGAGGACGGGAAUGUUGCGGUCGACUGUGAUUCAGAAUGAGGGCCCCAUUCGGUGUGCCAAGUGGUCGCCAAACUCCUCGGCAAUCGUGUAUUCUCAGGGCAGUUCGAUGGCCAUCAAACCGCUGGCUGCGAACAGCAAAGUGAUCAAGUGGAAGGCGCACGAUGGCUUGGUUCUCUGCCUCGCCUGGGCCAAUCACACGAAUCUCAUCGCUUCUGGCGGUGAAGAUUGCAGGUACAAAGUGUGGGACAGUCAGGGAUCGAAUCUCUAUACCAGUUCACCAGAUGAACAUCCCAUCACGUCCAUUGACAUUCGUCCGGAAGGAGAUCUCUUGGCUGUUGGCGGAUUCAACAUGCUGAAACUCUGCCACUACACAGGAUGGAGCCACAGCACUUGUCGCUUCCCGCAGACAGUCGGAUCUCUCUACACGCUCAGCUGGUCUCCUGACGGCACUCAAAUUGUCGCCGGCUGCGGGAACGGCGCCCUGAUAUUCGGUCACAUUGUGGAUCGCCAAGUGAUCUGUCGCAACCUCAAAGCCACCACCGUUGGACGCAAGACGAUCGUCCUGCAGGACAUCGUGACCAAGACGAGUGACACGCUCGAGUUCUCUGACAGAGUGAUCAAGAUGACGCUGGGCUACGGACAUUUGCUCGUGACGACGCCCAAUCAGCUCCACAUCUUCAACGAGAACUACAUCAACACGCCCGUGAUCGUGGACGGGCGCACGGACGUGCACAUCCUCUCACUGGGCGUGAAGAACUUCGUCGCCGUGGACUCAUCGUCCAUCUGGAUCUACACGUACACUGGACGUCUGCACUUGACGCCCAAAUUCCCCGGAUCCUCCGCCCAGAUGGCAAAUCUCACGGAGAAGUGCAUCUCCUUGGGCGUGGACACGCUGGUCGUGCGUGAUUUCGCAGAUCAUACCGUCAUCUACGUCUUUGACUUGCUGCCCGGCGCCACACGGCAGGACGAAGCGUCCGUCAUUCGCAGCAAGACGCCCGUGACGCAAAUCAGCGUCUGCAGAGCGGGCGGCACAGACAGUCAGUACGUCGUGUUCAUAGACAUCCAUCGAGAUCUGUACGUGAGCAAUCUGCGCAGCGGCCCAGACUUUCCCAUCUUCAAGAUCGGCACUCAGGUGAUCUCUGUGAUGUGGGGCAGCGAUUCCAACAUCCUCGUCGGCCUGCACGACGCUUGCUACACCGUUUGGUACUGCCCUGGCGAAGCGUGCGCCGAUCCCACUCUCAUCGGACUCACGACGCUCACGUACGACUCCACGGAGUUCGGUCGGAAUGUGUCUCUGGAGUCAUUCGAGGGAUGUCAGAUUGGGCUGCGCAGUUCAGGCGCUCUCUUCACGGUGCCCGUGAAGAUCUACUGCAAUCUGCUGCACAAGUUCGUGCAGGACGGCCUCUGGAGUCAAGCCGUGAAGGUGUGUCGACUGGGCCAGACGCCAGUGCUGUGGGCCACACUGGCCGCCAUGGCCACACGCAAGAAUCAGCUCAGCAUCAGCGAGGAGGCCUACUCCAGCGCCCUGCAAAUCGACAAGGUGCACUAUCUGCAGCACAUCAAGAACCUUCCCGCGUCGAGUGCUGAGCAGAUGGCAGAGAAUUCCGUGCUCAACGGCCGCCACACGGAGGCCGAAAUCUGCCUGGUGCACAACAAGAAGAUCCGCGAGGCGAUUGCCGUGUGCAUGCGGAUGCACAACUGGGACAGAGCACUCGAGCUGGCUGACAAGCAUCAAACGGACGUGGAGUUCGUGCUCGAGGAGCGAAGGAAGUACUUAAAGGCACUGAAUAAGGAUGAGAUGAAUCCCAAAUUCACCGCCAUGGCGAAGAUUAAAUGAGACUGCAUUUGAAUAAAUCACUCUCUCAAAUGUAAGUUUAAUGGAUUAAUAGAAUAAAGAGUGAAAGAUAUCAAAUAAUUGGGGGAAAAUCGCUCACUGAUAAACUAAAUUGUCUCUCUAAAUCACUAUGUAAAUUAUGCCUGAUAAUGCGCUCUUGAUAAGGCG